AUGGAAGCGACGCAAGACAGGAAUCAAGGAAUCGACAAUGGCCGGCUUCAGGAUAGCCUGGCAGCUGUGAUCAAGCAGCUCCAAGAGCUUGCCGCCAUAAUGGGACGCUCAGACCUUUCCAAAGAUUCAAAAACCAAUUUGCAUCGACUACGCAGAUACGUCCUCAAAUUGAGCAAAUUCGAAUACCCAGAAACAAGGGUUGUCGGUCUCAUUGGAAAUACUGGCGUCGGAAAAAGCUCCGUCAUUAACUCAAUCCUCGGUGGUAACAGUCUCGCACGCACGAACGACGACAUCGGAGCAUGCACCUGCGUGAUAGUUGAGUAUCGUGCGUUGGAUCAUAGACACAAUCAGCUGUACACCGUUGAAGUCGAUUUCAUGGAUCGAAAUGAAAUGAAGGACUUCCUUCGAGAUCACCUGCAUAAUUACAGGCAGUGGUAUUUCAAGCUCGAGAAACCCAAAGUGCGACGUACCGCUGGUGCAGACUGGGAACGAGCUGGCAGUUCCGACAUCUCCGAUGAAGAAGAUGAUGCCGAGAUUGCCGGGCAAGAAGCUGACAAGCUCCAACCGGAUGAGAUUGUGAAACUUCAGAAGGCCCAACAAUCCGCGCGGGAGACGUUCAAGGCUCUGUUCAAAGGCCCCGAUGCGCCGACUAUGGAAGACCUUGUCCAGCAGAACAGCUUUGAGGCAGAGACUGCCAUUCUCAACACAUUGCUACAAAAGGCUAUAGAGGGGCUGUCUAACCGCCCCGGCGGCAAAGAGGCUACUCAAUAUACUGGGGCUUCAGACGGUCUUGAAAGUUGUACAGAGUUGCUCGACCUUCUGACCACUGAUUCUCAAGGCGACGCACCCUCAAUUUGGCCUUUUGUCAAGUUGAUCAGGGUAUAUCUGGAUUCUCCCAUCCUGAAGACCGGACUCGUGUUGGCAGACAUGCCAGGCCUACGAGACUUGAAUUAUGCAAGGCAAGAAGCAACCGAAAGGUACAUCCAAAGACAUUGUCACGUGCUCGGGUUUGUGACCAGAAUAUCUCGAUGCCUUUCGGAUGAGACAAUUGAAGAAGUCAACUGGAAAACGUGGACCGAGAUGCCAGCAAUUGUCGUCGUCACGAGAGCAGAUGAGGUUGGAGGCACUGGAAAUGACAGAGGUGACCGGCACGAUGAUCAAGUUUUGCGAGGUCUUGACGAUAGCAUCCGAAGCGUCAAGGAUGAAGGGAAAAGGGUCAGUUCAUCGAUGAAAAACGCCGAGAGUUCUCAAAAAGAAGAGCUUGUCGCGAAGUGGAUGGAAUUGAGUGAAGAGGAAUCGAAUCUGGCAUUCGAAAAGAGAAAAAUCCAGAUCCAGCAGCGGAACAACAAGACAAUAGCUAAAAUGGCUUCAAUGCCCUCGCGCAAGGACAUGAAGGUCUUCUGCGUCGGCAACAAUGAUUAUUUGGAGAACUGCAAUGGCGACAGCGAGCGAGAGAAGGCAUGUGUUGAACUCAGUGGAAUCCCACAACUGCGUCGCUAUUUUCAAUCCAUCCCUGCAGAAGCUCAAAUGAGCCACGUCGCCAAGUUCAUCCGAAUCGCAAUUCCGGCUGCUAUUUCGUCCGUUGAGUUGUGGGCCGAUGGGGCAUUCAAUGUCGAUGAACAGGAGAAAGCCUCCGGCAUCUCUGACGUUCUGAAAACGGUGCAAGAUGGACUCAUUUCGAUUAUAAGAUAUACUGAAUGCGGACAGGAAUUCAAGCCUGGUCGCGGACUUGUUGCGAGCACUCGUGUCGAUCUCGAGCACUUAUUCAAACGUCGUAUCCUCAGCGCAAUUGGUGAGUUCUCACUUCUGAAUUUUCCUUUUGUGGAUGUAUCUCACAUGCUGCUAGAUGAAUACCGUGUUGAAUGGGAAGAUAGAUGCGCUAUGCUCUUUAGCGGGUGGAAACAAUGGGCGCACGGGUCAUUUGCAGCGGCGUGUCGCAAACAUGGGAUACAUUCGACCCAAACCCUUGGCAACCACAACUGGAACACGGAGUUGAUCAGUCCAACACGCGAAAAGAUGACCAAUUCAUGGGAAGAAUUCAUGAAUUGUUUGGGACAACAGUCGGAUCGCCUUGCGAGUGAAAUCACCGAUCGGAUCAAUAAUAUCUGUGCACCAUUUCAAGUGGAAAAUGGCUUGCCCCCUAAUUCACGCAAUGGCCUUGUCAACGGCAUUCAAUUCCGAAAGGCAGAGAUAAUCGAGCACUUCCAGCACACUUUCGAGAAAAUCUUCAAAGAGUCAAAGAUCAUCAGGGAAAACAUGACCAAGGGCAAAAAGACCAAAACCGCUUUCAUCACGAAAUACAUGCUUCGCGCCUAUCAAUCUGCCAGUGCGCAGGGAGGACCUGGAAGUGAUGGGAGACGCAAAACGAUCAUGGAAGCACAUAUCACCAAUCAGCAAGGCCUAAACGAUGGUGGCGUCGUUGGUGGUUACUAUUCCCUUUCUCAGAAAGCGUGGACUCAGGCUCUCAAUCUACAUUUCAAAUCCCUUCAAAAAAGGGUAGGCGAGGUCGUGGACAGCGAGAUCAAUGAUCUGCAAGCAGUGGCUGCUGCAGAAGGGAAGAUGCCGGAAGCCGUCGAUGAUAGGGCAACUGCACGAGACGUCCUGGAACAGCUGAGG